AUGGAAUCCCAAGCCAUCGCCCAGCGUCUCGAAAAAGAUCACCCCACUCCAUCCCUACACCUCGACUCCCCGCUCCUCCCAAAAGUUCAAGCCCUCCUUCCGAAAAUCCUGCCUCCACUAGGAGGUCUCUGGCAGCCGGCCGUGCCUGCGAAUCUGUUGAACCCCAGUUCGAAAGAGUAUUUCGAGCGCACCCGUUACGAGAGGCUCGGCAAGCCUCUGGCUCAGAUUGCGCAAGAAUCCGGUGGCGAGGAGGCUUGGAUGGCUGCUAUUCCCGAGUUGAAGGAGUUAGGAGCUUUGUUGAAGGCCGAGGGAGGGCCGUUUAUGAUGGGGAAGACUCCUUCGUAUGCGGAUUUUGUGAUUUUGGGAUGGUUGCAGUUCUUCAAGACUAUUGAUGUGAAGUUGUAUGAGAGAGUUGUGAGCAUUGAACCUGCUUUUGGGACGCUGUAUGAUGCGAGUAAGCAGUGGCUUGAGAGGGAUGAUCAUUAG